AUGUGUGCGAAUGCCGUUGCAGCCAUCAUGGGUAAUCGCCUUUCUUCUGCCAUGACAACCGACAAGACGGCACAAUACGCGAGGAAUGAUGUUGAGUACGAGGAUUUUACCCUACGUUUCUAUGCUAUCUCCGUCCAAUCAAGGUAUGGCAAACAUGCCCAACUCGAGGAUAAAGAGGAGAUAGAGCGAAGCGGGGUGCAGCGAUGGUGUGAUGAGGCUUCAAGGUUUAGUAUCGUGUCGUUUGGGCGUUUAGCAUUGUCAACGUUACCUCUUCAGGAUGCAAUCCUGUAUGCUAAUUUCUCAGGGUGCUUGAAUCGUUCAGAGGUGAAGACGAUGGUGUAA